UAAAACCGGAUUCUCGUCGGAAAUUUUCAUUUUCCCAUUUGGGUGCAAUCCACUCAUUAUAUCAAACUAUGGCGACAAUGAAGAUUUUGGUACCGUGACCCUAGGACUAGGCGUUUGUGACGAUCUGACGAGAAUAUUAGCAAACAUGGGCAGGCACAGUUUUAGUUCACUUUUCUGUCAGUCUGUCUUACGGAACUGUGCGUUUGUUUGGCUCAGGUUAAGAGAGUGAGAGUUUUUUGCUUGAAACAUUGACCAUUCUCUCUCAUCACAAGUCCUGAGAUUUCCUGAUUAAAGCUAAAAGUUUUAACACAAUCACAAAGUGAAUUAAAACAGGUGUGCUCCAGUGAUCAUUGAAAAAAAUGGUUCAUUCCACUAAACAGGAUAAAAUUGAGUUGCCUUAUGGAGUUUACUCAGGUGAAGUUCGUGAUGGGAAACCAAAUGGAAAUGGAAAGGUCCAAUUCCAAUCACAGGAUGAGCAGGGCCGCCAAUACUUCGAAGGAACUUGGUCCAAUGGAAGACGAAAUGGACCUGGUCGCAUGAUUUGGAACACGGGCGAGGAAUUCAACGGAGAAUGGAAGGACAACCUUCAGGUUGGCCAAGGAGAGCAUCGUUUUGCAUCCGGAGACUAUGAUAUCGCCACGUGGGAUCAAGGCCUCAGACAUGGUCCAGCCACUUACUUCAAGCCUGAUGGCAAUAAAGAAGAAGCCACCUAUAUUGAGGGUUACGAAAAUGGCCCAUCUGUUGUUCAUUUCACAAGUGGCAAUAAAGAGGAAAGAAAUUAUAGCAAUGGUGAGCUGAGUGGUCCGGCAGUUGUUCAUGGUGUGAACGGGGAUAAAUUGGAGUUUAGCUACGUGGACGGCAAGUUCAGUGGAGCAGGUAUCUACCAGAACCGAGAGGGCCUCUGGGAGGAGAAGACAUACGUGGAUGGUGUUCCCCAAGGCCCCGCCAAGCUGCAUUUACCCAAUGGAGACACGGAGGAACGCACUUACGAGAACGGGAUUCUUCAUGGUAUUGCCACUUUUAUCAGUGGAAGUGGCGACAGGGAAGAACGUUGUUACGUCAAUGGACGGUUAGAUGGUCCAGCCAAAUAUUUCUAUCCUACAGGAUCGGUGGAAACCCGGAUCUAUGAGCAAGGGGUCUUACAAGGAAUGGCUGUGAUUCAAACCAAAGAUGGGGAUUGUGAAGAUCGCAUGUAUGAGUCCGGACAAAUACAGGGACAAGCCACCGUGGUUUUCCCAGAUAGUUCCAAGGAAGUUAGGACCUAUGUAAACAAUGCUCUAACCGGAAAGGCCAUCCUGUUUGCUGCCAAAGGCGACCGUGUCCAAUUUAACUACCAAGAUGGAGUUCCAAGUGGCAAAGCAACUAUUAUUGGUGCCAAUGGAGAUAAAGAGCAUUGCACGUAUGUUCGUGGAGUAAAACACGGACCCGCCACGUACAUCUGGAAAGCAGGUCACAAAGAGGAGUUCCAAUACGACAAUGGGAACAAAAAUGGCCCUUCAGUGUUGACGGGAGCUUCUGGAGCACAAAGGCGUGGUACGAGGAAGAAUGGAUUCUGGCAUGGAUCUGCCACUUUCAAGACCGCUGAUGGGGAGGUUCAAGAUGAAAAAUGGAACAUGGGACAGAAGAUCUAACUCGACCGAUUCCAUUGAUGCAGAUGAUCGAUGAACCUCUGAUUGCAAAUAACCGCGGAGGUGUGCAAUAGAAUGAUCCUGGUCAUAACCUAUUGUCUAAUAACCUUGAUAAAGUUAUAAAAUGACUAAUAAAUUAUAAUUCAUUUGCCGGAA